AUGGAGGCGUUGUUCGAGGACAUCUACACCCUCGAGAAGGAUAAAUUUCACCUAGCGGCUCACUGUUUUGAAGGGUCGGCUCGAUUGUGGUGGACACAAGUGAAGAAAAGUCACUCGUUGGAUCUCGCUUCUGUCACUUGGGAGGCAUUUCAGGAGAUGAUAUUGAUGGAGUAUUUUCCCGAGAGUGACAAGCGGAAGAUCAAUGAAGAUUUUCGCAAGUUAAGGCAAAGUAGCCGGUCAGUGCGGGAGUACGAGAGGGAGUUCACGCACCUAGUCAAUUACGUGUCGAGCUUGGUUCAUGGCAAUAGGGACCGGGCGGAGGCUUUUGAGCACGGGUUGCGACCCGAAAUAUUCAAGGUUAUUCAUGCGUUCCGCUUGAAGACCUACAAGGAGGUACUUGACCGCGCGCUUUGUGUGGAGCGCGGCAAUGCUAUUGCGCGAGAGGAGCGCGAGGCAUUUGAGAAGGACGAGGAAAGGGAUAAGUCCAAGAAGCGGGCAGCUAGUGGAUCCGCGAGGCAGUCGAGGUCUAAGCGACCCCCUCGACCUCAGCGAUCACAGUGGCGGGGAGGCAGGAGUCAGACAUAG